CAAGAUAUUUAUACAAUGUCGAAAAUACAAGAUAUUUCUAGCUUCCACGUAACAACUUACAGUCGUUAUAAUAUUUCUGAAAGCACAUCAGAUAUCCAGGUUUUUGUUAAUGAGUUUAAACAACGAAUAGAAUGUGACCUAAGACGAACUGAAGAGAAUGCUAAAGAAAAUUUUAUUUCGUUUGCUGAAAAAAGGCUCAGUAUAUCCGAUAUAACUUGGUUACAAGAUAACUAUGAUAGAUUUUUUAAAGACACCGAUAAUAAAACUUUAAUCGAAGAUCACUAUUUGUCAGAAUGUGGCUUUAUUUGUAGUAUGGUGUACUCGCCUGAUGGAGAAACAAUUAUUGUGGGCCAUUCGACUGGUUUGAUUCAGACCCUUUUCGCAAUCUCGAAGCAGCAGCUGUACGCAGGGAAGCUUAAGCAAAAUCAGUUCAAAUGGGUCAACGAGAAUCAUGAACUAUUCUUGAGAGGCACUCCAAAUAAGGUUUUGCAGAACAGAUGGUAUAGCUCGGAGAAGGGUGCUGUAACUUCUAUGCAAUUUUCGCCAAACGGAUAUCAUAUUAUCGUGGGGCAUGCCUCAGGCGCGAUAGAGAUGCGUCAUGGCAGCACAGGUACAGUCCUUUGCACGCUGCGAAACAUUCAGUUCCCGCCAAAACCGGUGCAUGCUUUGGAAUACAGCACUUUCGAGUCAAAUGUCUGCUAUGCGGCUUGCAUUGACGGAGCCGUAUAUCGGAUCGAGAUCCCAGAGAUAGACACGUCCAUUGAGGAACCUCCCACGUUCUGUAUCAGAGCUGAUCCGAUGCUAGAGAGCCUUAACACGCAGUUCUAUGGAAGCCCUGGAACGUCUUUGUAUGCAACGCCAUUUGUUACCCAACAACGUUGCGCUGCUCUUUCGUUGGGAGUACUGCCGGAGUGUAAGAAGAUGGCAGUUGGCUACGCAGACACGUCGAUCAAAAUCUAUAAUAUGGAAACACAGGAGGCUGACGUUACCUACAAAGUACACAAACUUCGACUUCAGUUCAUCCCUAAGAAGUUGCAGAGGAUGCAUUAUGGCCAAGUAGUCGCAUUGAGGGCACAUCCACAGAAACCGUUCUUGUUCGCCAGUGGAGCUUGGGACAAAACCCUUAGGUGGAGACCGCGUCUAGGCAAACGCAGUGUAGGGCGCUCUCCAGCUAGGUGGAGUGACGACAUCCGCAAGGUGGCUGGCAGUGGUUGGAUGAGAAGAGCUGAAGACCGAGCUUAUGAGAUCGCGGGACGAUCUCCGGCGACCGUAAGUGCGGGUCUGCGGACGGCGAGCAAGGGUAGCUUGCCGCCCGACCAGAACCAGACCCGUGAGUACGGCGCGUCGCGUCCCGCGUGCGCCUCAAUGAGCCAUCAGACCACCACAGAUGGGGCCCAGUAG